UCGAGUAAAAGCGCGAGACAGCCAGCAAGUGUAGAAGUUCCUUGAUUGUUAAACAUCUGAAACCUUUAACGACACAACAUCUAAUUGAACCUGCUCGACGGAACUUUUGAAUUACCUUGUUUUUAUUUGGCUUUUUUUCGUUCUUCGUCGGAGGGAGACGGUGUUUUAAACCACUUCGGAGCGACUUCCCUUGUUUGCCUCCAACCGCCAUGGCCUCUCAGGCUGAGUCCAACCCCAGGGUACGAUCAACGACCCCUCCUUUGAACUCUGGCAGAUCUCCGCCUCCCAAGUCAACAGAGUCCCUGCAUCCUCCAGUGUGCCGACACAGAGACCGCUCACCUUCCCCCGUGCGAGGCUUCAAUAUUCCCAGCCCCAUGCCCACGCGCAGGAACAGGACCUGUUCAGCGACGGCCCGUGCAUCAGAGGGUCCGGUGUUUACUGGUUUGUGUAAAUCUUUUUCCCGCUCCAAAGGCCAUGGCUUCAUCACGCCAUCCGAUGGGGGCAGCGACAUCUUUGUCCACAUCUCAGACAUUGAGGGCGAGUAUGUGCCAGUGGAAGGUGACGAGAUGAGCUACAAGGUGUGCGCCGUCCCUCCAAAAAAUGAGAAGAUCCAGGCCGUGGAGGUGACCAUCACCCAUCUCAAGCCGGGAAGCAAACAUGAGACCUGGACAGGAAAUGUCGUCACCAGCUGAACGCUUGAAUGGGUCAUUGGGGUUGGAUGAUGGGGUGAACAAACACAUUUAAUCAUUGGUAACUUCCAUUGUAAAGUCUUCUAUAGUCUUCUAUGGAUUUCUAUACUAGGGAACAGUUGGUUUGAUUGCUGUAUGAAUAUUGAUGUAUCAUACCAGGGGUGAAGAUUCUUAUCGCAAAAACAAAAAACCAUCCAAAUAUUUGGUGUCUUGCUGGGAGUACUUAGAAAUUGUGCUUAUUUGGGAACAUGUACAGUAGUGUGUUUCAGUUUACUGCCAGGUCACGCCUACAAUCUUGGGGCGAGUGUCAAGUCAUGCUGAAAUUUCUCGUCCAAUGCCACAAGGUGUAUUACCAGGUCAACACUGUGCCGACUUCCACCGUCAGAACUUAAACUUUGGAUUGUGCCUAUUGAUACAAUACCGGUAUAUGAUCGUGUGUGCGUGUGUGUGUGUGUGUGUGUGUGUGUGUGUGGAUGGGUGGAUAUUAAAGACUAUCAAUAUGUAAGUGUAUUAUGUCUAUUUCCUCUU